UAAAUCGUCAGUCAAUAUUAACACAGCUCACCGAAAACAAUAUGUUUGGGCACGUGUGUCUCUGCUUUCUUCUAAUUUCUGCUGUCAGCGGCUACACUACAUAUCUGACGAAGAAUUUCAAGGUCGGAAUCGAGUAUGAAGGUUCUUUACCAAUGAGCGGAGCUGCAGACAGACUGAAACAUAGGAACAACUAUGAUCCAUUCUUCGUCACCAUCACAGCAACAGCUAAGAGUGGUUACGUAAUAUCCUAUGUAGAUGUGAGCGCCACCGUCGCAUUGGAUGGUGAAAUGGAAUUCUCCGUGGUCCGUGGCCAGACAGGAGAUAAGAGUAUAGUGUUCCACCUCGUCUCCAAUCAUAGCGAUUUUCUUUCAUACUCCUACUUGGCGUAUGGCAUACGAGAGGAGGAGUACAAAAAGGUGGCGAAUAUUAUCACUAUUCAAAUGAGAAACUCCAGUCAACGUUUAUAUUUUAAUAGUAUCUUAUUUACAACUGUAUGUAUGUGCAUUGCUAAAUAUAUAUUUUAUACAUAA